CUGUACCACUGCCACUGCUUCUUCUCCUGAGCAAGUAAGAAUCACGAAAAGUCGCGCCAGAUUGCCUCUAUCUUUGCACUCUCUCCAAUAAAAACCAAACCCAUACAAAAAACAAAGUCAAACAAAAGCCCUUCAAUUUCCUUCGAAUUUUCAGAUUUACCCCUAUGCCUCUCUCUAUGAUUUCCUUCUUCAGUCUCGUCAUCAUUCUUUCUACCCAAAGUUAAAUUCCACAGGCAUAUAUCCUCUCACUCUAAUUUCUGCUGCACCUAUUAUUCAUCUUUCCCAUGUCCAAAACAUUCUCUUCGUCGGCUCCGGCCACCACUCCGCCUACAAUUAAACCUGAACACUACUCCCACAGUCCCGUCCACUACGCUGUCGUUUUAGGCGACCACACUACGCUUUCAAGACUCGUUUCUACGCUCCCUCGCUUAUCUGAUCCAUCUCAGAUCCACACAGAAUCCGAUUCCCUAGCUCAAGAACGAGUUUCCGACCAGAUCUCUGCUGUUCUCGACCGCCGCGACGUUCCCUACCGCGAAACACCUCUUCAUCUCGCCGUCCGAUUGAGCGACACAUUUGCUGCGCGUGCUCUUGCUGCUGCUGGUGCUGACGUCUCACUUCAGAACUCUGCCGGUUGGAAUCCUCUCCAGGAAGCUCUCUGUCGCCGGAGCUCCGAAAUCGCAUCUGUUCUCCUACGUCUCCACCACCGCUCCGCGUGGGCUAAAUGGCGUCGACGGUUGCCACGUGUCGUGGCGGUGCUUCGCAGAAUGAGAGACUUCUACAUGGAAAUCUCAUUCCAUUUCGAAAGCUCCGUGAUUCCAUUCGUUGGAAAAAUUGCACCUUCGGACACUUACAGAAUCUGGAAACGAGACGGCAAUCUACGAGCUGACACAUCGUUAGCUGGCUUUGACGGCUUAAAAAUCCAGCGAGCCGAUCAAAGCUUUCUCUUCCUCGGAGACGGAGACGAACUCCAUAGUGUUCCUGCGGGUUCUUUGCUUGUAGUGAACCGCGACGAACAUAAAAUAUUUGACGCAUUUGAAAAUGCAGGAGGUCCAAUGAGCGAGUCCGAUAUAUCGGGAUUCUGUGCACAAACGAGUGUGUACCGUCCUGGAAUGGACGUUACGAAAGCGGAAUUGGUAGGAAGGACAAACUGGAGAAGACAAGAGAAAACAGAAUCAAUUGGUGAAUGGAAAGCUAAAGUUUAUGAAGUUCAGAAUGUUGUUUUCAGCUUUCGAUCACGGAAAGUAACUGCUCAUAAUGAAAACGACGUUGCUGGAAGUGAACAAGUUUUGCCGUUAGAGUUAGACGAAGAUGACGAUGGUUUUUUAGUCGCUGAAAAUCCGAAUUUCGGAUUUAAUAAUAGUAAUAGUGAUAGGAGAAGGCAUAGCAGUUUUGUGAGAGAGGGGAGAGAGUGGGUGAGUGUAGGUAGGAAAAGUGUAGAUAUAAUUCCCUCAUCCUCAAUCUCAGCUCCUCCGAGAAGAUCGGCCGUUACAUUAGCUCCAACACCGCAGACCAAGGAGAAGGAGUACGUGAGGAGUUUACGGCCGUCAGUUUGGUUAACGGAGCAAUUUCCGCUGAAGACGGACGAGCUAUUGCCGUUACUUGAUAUUUUGGCUAAUAAAGUUAAGGCUGUGAGAAGGAUGCGAGAGUUGCUCACCACGAAAUUCCCGGCGGGGACAUUUCCGGUUAAGUUGGCAAUUCCGGUGGUGCCUACGGUGAGAGUGGUGAUAACAUUCACAAAGUUCGUUGAGCUACAUCCAACUGAACAAUUCUACACUCCACUUUCAAGUCCUAGACACUUUGCUAAUGGAGGAAGAGUAGAGGAGGAUAAAAGAUCAGAUACCGCCUUCUAUUCAUCCUCUUCUUCUUCUUCAUCGUCCAUGUCUUCUUUAUCGACUGGCUGGCUCAGGAGAAACAACAGCCAGUCGGCGAGCAAGCAUCAACAACAACGAUGUCCUCCUCCACCAGGGGUACAACAACAACAACAACAAGCAGAUCCGUUUGCUAUACCUAGUGGAUAUACAUGGGCAAAUGCUGAUGAUAAGUCUAACAAGAUAAAGAAAUCUAAGUCAGUAAGAAAGUCUAAGUAAUUGUUACUUCUGCUUAGGAAAAGGAAAUGGGAAAUGUUAUUUUAACUUCAGUUAAUCAUGAAUUUGUGUUGCAUAUGUUAUUGGCUUGCCAGUAUAGUGUAGAUAUACCAUCUUCUUCUUCAAUCAUGAGGCCUUGCAGUUCGGUUUAUCAGAUAUUUUCUUGGCAAUGACUAGAAGGUGACUGGAUUGACUUACCAAUCUGUUGAUUUUUCUUUUCUUAGAAAAAAGAAUGUUCUUAUAAGUGAUUAGAUAUUUAAAUUAUACAGUGCUUGCACUGCCACUUCCAUUUAAAUAUUGUGGAAUUUAGUUUUAGUGGAUUAAACUUUUGAUGCAUGAUAUUGACUAUGGUCCGCAAGAAAAGUCAAAAACAAAAAGUUCACCUUGAA